AUGGAUGUGUUCAUGAAAGGGUUGUCCAAAGCUAAAGACGGCAUGGCUAUGGCCGCGGAGAAGACUAAAGAGGGAGCCAUGUUUAUCGGCACCAAGGCCAAAGAUGGUGUUGGUUCAGCGAAGGACCUUGCUGGUGGAGCCAUGGGGAAUAUCGCUGCUGCCACCGGCCUGGGGAAGAAGGACGAGUUCCCAUCUGACAUGAACCCUGAGGAGUAUGGGCAGGAGGCCAUGGAAGGAGAGACACAAAGAGACCGUCUGGAUGGAGAGACAUAUGACGAGAACCAGCAGGAGCAGGCCCAGGACUACGAACAAGAAGCAUAA